CAAGUUCCGACCAAACUCACUCCUAAGACUCCAUGUCGUGCAUGACGUCAUAAGUGAGACAUGUUUAUUUGUUGACAUUGAAGUUCAAUUGCAACCUCUCUCUACUACUUGGUUUUCUUGUGACCAAGACCCGGACUAAGUUUACCGGCUUUUAAACCGCCUCUCUCUAACCUUAUGGGUUAAUGUUCCGAUUGAUAGGAACAUGCUUUGGACCCGAUUAUGUCGAAUAGGACCCAGUCACAGACUGAAGUGUUGGACUUAUCUAGCAAUUCCCAAAACUUUGUGCUCUCAUAGUUCAUCCAUUCAACCCAAGGAAGGUUUAUCCGGUCCGUUUCCUUUGAAAUAUGACUCCAAUGAAGUUGAAUGUGGCUGGUAUGAUUGGUGGAAAACCCGAGGUUACUUCCAACCCUGUCCCACUUCCGAGGAAGCUCCAUUCACUUUGCUCUUACCUCCACCCAAUGUGACAGGGAUAUUGCACUUGGGCCACGCCCUCAGUACCACCAUCCAAGAUGCCAUUGUUCGACGGAAACGUAUGCAAGGUUUCAAUGUGAGUUGGAUGCCGGGUAGUGAUCAUGCCGGAAUUGCGACUCAGGUUGUAGUAGAGAAGAUACUGGCCAAAAAAGGCGUGUCCCGACAUGCCCUGGGUCGCGAAAAAUUCUUGGACGAGGUCUGGAAGUGGAAGCACGAGAAAGGAGGCGUCAUUUUUGAGCAAUUGGCUCGUUUGGGCGCCUCCUUAGAUUGGAAUCGGACCACUUUCACCAUGGACCAGAGUCAUAGUGAGGCCGUGACCGAAGCUUUUGUCCGACUCUUUGACAAAGGAUUGGUCUAUCGAGCAUUGGCUCCCAUCAAUUGGUCUCCUCAACUUCAAUCGGCCAUUUCCGAUAUCGAGGUCGACCAUUUGAGUGUCGAAGAGAAGACCGCCAUCCAAAUCCCGGGAUGUGACCAACCCGUGGAAUUUGGCGUCAUGUUCGAUGUAGCUUAUAAACUCGAUGGAUCCGAGGAAGAGAUCACUAUUUCAACCACUCGUCCCGAAACAAUUUUGGGGGACGUGGCGGUAGCCGUUCAUCCCAAUGAUGAGCGUUAUUCUCAUUUGAUUGGAAGACACUUAGUGCACCCAUUUCGCUCAGACACAAUCCCCAUUAUCGCCGAUACCUACGUGGACCCUCAAUUUGGAACGGGGGCACUGAAGAUCACACCGGCUCAUGAUGCCAAUGAUUUUGAGAUUGGGCGCCGCCAUGACCUGCCUAUCUUCGAAAUUAUGGACAGGAAUGGCUCAAUUGCCAACUCAAAAUCCGACUUCGAUGGCUUGUCCAGAUUUGCUGCCCGUGAACGAAUCAUAGAAGAGCUGAAAACCCGAGACUUAUUCCGCGGGUCAAAAUCGCACAGUAUGCAGAUCCCAAUAUGCAGCCGCACCGGUGAUGUAGUGGAAAAGUUAGUCCAACCUCAAUGGUUUAUAGAUUGUGAUCAGAUGGCCGCCAAUGCCAUGAGUGUGGCCGCAGAUGGACAACUUGUGUUCCAUCCCACCUCAUAUCACAAUGUUUGGAAGCAUUGGUUGGAGAACAUCAGGGAUUGGUGCGUUUCUCGGCAAGUUUGGUGGGGUCAUCGGAUCCCAGUAUGGAAAGCCCAUGUCAAGGGUCAAGAAGACCAUUGGAUCGCGGCGAGAAAUGAAUCCGAGGCCAGGACUAAGGCUGAAAUUCACUUCCAGUCCAAAGAAGUUGUCUUAAGUCAAGAGGAAGAUGUGCUGGAUACCUGGUUCUCCUCGGCCAUUCUGCCCUUUGCAAAUCUGGGUUGGCCGCAAAUGUUACUAUAUUUUCAGGAAUCCAACGAGAAAGGAUUCCCCAAUUCGAUGUUAGAAACAGGCCACGACAUUCUGUUCUUUUGGGUGGCCAGAAUGGUCAUGUUGAGCUUGGAACUCACCUCGAAAGUUCCUUUUCCCGAAGUUCUGCUUCACGGUGUGGUUUGCGACUCUCAGGGAAGAAAAAUGUCAAAGAGUUUGGGCAACGUCAUCGAUCCAUUGGUUCUCAUGCAAGGAACAACCUUGGAGAAAAUGUGUCUUCAAAUUCGUACGGCAAAUGCAAACGGAACAAUUGACGACAAAGAGAUGAGCAAAGCUCUCGAAGCAACCGUGAAGGACUAUCCCGAAGGCAUUCCCGUUGCUGGGGCCGAUGGUCUUCGUUUCUUCUUCUUUGUGUAUGAUAUCAAAGCCCAACAUAUCAAUGCAGACACUACUAUUUUACGAUCCUCGUCAAGUUUCUGCAACAAGAUUUGGCAAGCCUCGAGGUUUCUAGUUGGGUCCUUGGAUCGAUCACCGCAACUGAUUCCGUGGAAAAUGGAGCCCUAUUUAGCCCAAAAUCGGUGGAUUUUGUCCCGUUUAGCCGUGACCGUUCGAGAAGUGAAUGAGCACUUUGAUAGUUACGAUUUCUAUUUAUCAUCCCAAGCCUUGAGGAGGUUUAUGUACACAAAUCUUUGUGAUGUUUACUUGGAAUCCAUAAAACAUAUCUUGAUUGACCCGGCACAUCCAGAUUUUCGAGAAACCGCAUCGGUUCUUCAUCAAGCCUUGAUUUCCGGCCUGACUUUGCUACAUCCGAUUUGUCCAUUUAUCACCGAGGAGCUGUAUCAUCGGAUUCCAUUACUUGAAGGAGAAGUCCGCUCAGAAUCAAUGAUGAUCCAAAGUUAUCCCUCGUACUGUGAUUUUGAGCAUUAUGAAGAUUCCAACCUCAUGAGUGAAAUGGAGGUAGCCCUAGAUCUAGUGACUGCCAUUCGGGACCAAAAGAAAAACUAUGAUCUCAAGCGACACCAUAAACCUAAGAUUAUCAUUCAAUAUUCCAAGAGCAAUGUACAUGGCGGUUUAUUAGAGUUGAAAGACAUCAUCAUUCAAUUAUGCCAAAUCGAAGCAAUCACGUGGGCAAAAGAUGUUUCGAAUUUGGAUCCAAAAUGCUUCAUCAAGUCGUCAAUAGACAGAGACACAUGGAUCUGGAUGGAUGUGCAAGGCAUGCUUGAUUUGGAAAAAGAAUUUGUUAAAUUGACUGCCAAGCGAAACCAAAUUCGGAAACAACUGGAAAAACUGACCAAGAAAUUGAGUAGCCGCAAGAAUCAUGCUAAGCAGGCGAAAGACAUGGACAAAGUUGCACUGCUGGAACAAACUUUAGUCGAACUGGACGAUCGAGAGGCCUGGCUUAAGGCGUUCAAAUAAUGAACAAUAUUCACUCUGUUAUUUUAUCAAUACAUCCAGAGUUUCAUUGCA